AUGAAGGACUUCACAGGAAAGUUCGUCCUCCUCUUGUCUGUUGUCCUCCUCUUUGAAGGAUGCUUGGCUAAAUCUUACAAAUCAGAUAAGUCGGAGAAAUCGGAGAAGUCGGAUAAAUCAGUUACAUAUGACUAUUCAGCAAACAUUGAGUGCGAGAAGGAGCCACCAAAACCAUUGUACGGUGGCGGCAUCCUGACCAGUGCUGAGGCGCCGGCCACUGUGUCGGCUGGUGGCAAGAAGCUCCUAAUGGCAAAGAGCAAGAGCGCCCCAGCAAAGGGCUCCACACUCAAGGUCGAGCUCGAAAAGGAUACUCACUAUGCCCUCUCUGCUUGGCUGCAGCUUUCCAAGAGCACCGGUGACGUGAGGGCCAUCCUGGUGACACCCGACGGUAACUUCAACACCGCAGGCAUGAUAGUGGUCCAGUCCGGCUGCUGGACCAUGCUCAAGGGUGGCGCCACCUCUGUCGCUGCAGGCAAGGGCGAGCUCUUCUUUGAGACCAACGUAACCGCAGAGUUGAUGGUGGAUAGCAUGGCGCUGCAGCCCUUCAGCUUCGAAGAAUGGCAGUCUCAUCGCGAUGAAUCUAUUGCCAAGGAGCGCAAGAAGAAAGUAAAGAUCACCAUCCACGACUCCGACGGCAAUGUGCUGCCGGACGCAGAGCUGUCCCUGGAGCGGGUGGCCAAGGGUUUCCCCCUUGGCAACGCAAUGACGAAGGAGAUCUUGGACAUCCCAGAGUAUGAGAAGUGGUUCACAUCACGGUUCACGGUGGCAACGAUGGAAAACGAGAUGAAGUGGUACAGCACGGAAUACGACCAGAAUCAAGAGUUGUACGAGAUCCCGGACAAGAUGCUGGCUCUGGCAGAAAAGUACAACAUCUCGGUGCGUGGGCACAAUGUGUUCUGGGACGACCAGAGCAAACAGAUGGAUUGGGUGAGCAAGCUGAGCGUGCCACAGCUCAAGAAGGCAAUGGCGAAACGGCUGAAGAAUGUGGUGUCUCGCUAUGCCGGUAAGCUCAUCCACUGGGACGUGCUCAAUGAGAACCUCCACUACAGCUUCUUCGAGGACAAGCUCGGUAAGGAUGCCUCUGCCGAGGUCUUCAAGGAGGUGGCCAAGCUUGACGACAAGCCCAUCCUCUUCAUGAACGAGUAUAACACCAUCGAGGAGCCCAACGAUGCAGCGCCGCUGCCUACCAAGUACCUUGCCAAGCUCAAGCAGAUUCAGUCAUACCCCGGCAACAGUAAGCUCAAGUACGGCAUCGGCUUGGAGAGCCACUUCGACACCCCCAACAUCCCCUAUGUGAGGGGCUCACUCGACACCCUUGCGAUGGCCAAGGUCCCCAUCUGGCUCACUGAGAUCGACGUAAAGAAGGGGCCCAAGCAAGUGGAGUACCUGGAGGAGGUGAUGAGGGAGGGGUUUGCGCACCCAGGGGUGAAGGGCAUAGUGCUGUGGGGUGCUUGGCAUGCCAAAGAGUGCUAUGUCAUGUGCCUCACGGAUAAGAACUUCAAGAACCUUCCUGUUGGGGACAUCGUUGACAAGCUCAUCGCCGAGUGGAAGGCCGUGCCCAAGGACGCCAAGACCGAUGAUAAGGGUGUAUUCGAGGCUGAGCUCUUCCACGGUGAAUACAAUGUUACCGUGAAGCACAAGUCACUCAAGGACCCCAUUGUGCACACAGUGAAUCUUGACUCGAAGUCAGAGGUCACCAUCAAGGCUAAGGAGUAA